AUGACCCGUCAAAAAACCGCUUUAGUCACAGGUGCUUCCUCAGGUAUUGGCUAUGCAGUCUCCAAAGAAUUGGCUUUGAAAGGAUAUAAGGUGUUUGCAGUUGCCAGAAGAACUGAACCAAUGGAAUCAUUGAAACAAUAUGGUGUUAUUCCAAAAUCAUUGGACGUCACAUCACAAGAAAGUGUUCAAUUGUUUAAAAAAUACUUGUUGGAAACUUUAGAAGAUGGUAAAUUGGAUAUCCUUUAUAAUAAUGCAGGUCAAUCGUGUACAUUACCAGCAAUUGAUGUUACUGAUGAUCAAGUUGAACAAGUUUUCCAAGUCAAUGUGUUUGCUUGUAUUAGAUUAACAAGAGAGCUAUCGCCAUUUGUUAUCAAGGCAAAGGGUACUAUUUUAUUCACAGGUUCAUUGGCUGGUAUUGCACAAUUCCCAUUUGGUUCAGUUUAUUCGGCAACUAAAGGUGCUAUUCACCAAUAUGCUAGAGUGUUACAUUUAGAAAUGAAACCAUUAGGAGUUCGUGUUAUCAAUGUUAUCACUGGUGGUGUUAAUACAAAUAUUGCAGAUACUAGAAAGAUUCCAGAAAAUUCAUUAUACAAUACACCAGAAGGUGCUGAAAGUUUUGAAAUGAGACAACGAUUGGCAAAGGAAAACACUCCAAUGGAAGCUUCAGUUUAUGCUAAGUCUAUUGUUAAAAAUAUUCAAAGCUCAAGAGAUCCUAUUGAUAUCUAUAGAGGAACUUAUUCCACAAUGGUUCCAUUCCUUAUUAGAUGGUUUCCUGGUUGGUUUGUUGAAUUAGUUUUCAUUAGAAGAUUCAAAUUGGGUAGAAUGUUUGACAGUAUGAAAAAGAAAAACACAGAUGAAUUCAAUUUACAUUUGGAUUGA